AUUAUUCAUGGGAUUUUCCAGUUACGUUAUUCAUUUUACGUCAAGAGCCAAUGAGAGAAAGACACGAAUUUUUAUUUAUUUCGCCUCUUUCCAUUACAUCUCAAUCCGAAUGGGCAGUCUAAAAAAAAAACCGGAACACGGCUAAACAUUGACGAGCUUUUCUAACUGAUAUCUUUCCGACACAACUAGCUACUAUCACCAGCUACUUUCGCCGAAGCAACCGCAUAUUAUUGUCAUUCUAUUUUAGAGAUGAGGAUUUGUUCGGGUCAACUGGUUGUUGCGUUAACUCUUUUUCUGACCAAUUGUGCUUCUUCAGAAUUGCAAAACGUUGUUUCAGGUGAUGGAGUAACUAUAACUCGUGAAGCAAAUUUAACAAUGCAAGUCGAAGAAUUAACAAAAAGUUUAGAAGAAACCAAAUCGCAUUUCAUCAAGGAACUCGCAAAUCGUACAGCUGUAUUUGAGGACGUCGUUGAAAAAUUGAACACAAAGUUGCAAGAAACACAGCAAGAAUUAUUGGCUAACAUCGAAACCAAAUUUGCGAAAGAGCUGAACGCCAUUAGAGAAGAGGCCUCCCGACGUAUGAAAUCGGAGUCCAAAGUGAUAGUUGAAAACACAUCAUCGAUGAUUAAACAUUUCUCAGAAAAUGUGAUUCAAUCAGCGGCAUCAUCUCGCGAUGCAAUUGAGAGUUUGAAAUGGGAACUAAAAGAAAUCAAAAAGGAUUUUAAUGCAACUUCUCAGAUAUUAUCAAAUAAAAUCAAAGUCACCGAAGAAACUCUAACAGAGACUAAGCAGGAGUUACUGAAUACCAAAAUUGAGUUGGAGAACACGAGGACCAAUCUGAGCAAAACCAUCGACGAUUUAUUAACAAAAUUAAAUUCGACCAAAGCAGAAUUGGGAGAGCCGGAAAGCAGCGCCAGAUAUUCGACAUCGGAAAUUGAUGAUGAAACGAGUUACCUAGUUGACUUUAGUCAAAUGCCAACAUCCUGUAUAGAUCUGAAGCGAAUGGGACAACAAAUCAAUGGAAUAUUUUUAGUGAAAGGAUCAAAGAAUUUGGAAACGGUCUACUGCAACUUUCACUCUAAAACCGGAAAUGGAACGCAAAAAUGGAUCGGAUACGCCGACGUCAAAUCAGUGCCCGUCCAUUUCUACGUCCAGAAAAAUUCCACGUUCGACACAACUAGAACUCCGAUUCCGUUCGAUUCGGCCCUGGUGAACGAAGGGAAUGCCAUGAAUUUGACAUCGGGGAAAUUCACGGCACCACGACCAGGAACUUAUUUCUUCUCUUUCACGGGGGCCGCCGUGUUUCCGACUUCAUCAUCUUCUGUUUGGUUAGGAGUUGUGCUUUAUUUGAACGGGGUCAAAAGCGGGAUGGGCCAUGUUGAAGAGGCAAACACAGUCGAUAAUCAGUCGAGUCCGUUUAACCUCCAGUCAACGCUGAACUUGAAAUCGGGCGAUGAAGUUUGGGUGCAGAUUGAUUACAGGGCGCAUGAGGCGUCGCUGUUUGGUAACGCAGACUACGGUACUCAUUUCACUGGUUUCAUGUUGGAGGAGGAAAUUAUCGCCUCCCUUUGAGAAUUCGUGUAAAAAGGUUAUCCAAAAAUGAGAAUGACCACUGACAAAUGACUCAAAAAAGAAUUUAUUUCAUUGG